GAAACACCGCCGUCGUCCUCCGCUCUGAUAAUAACAGAUGGAGCAUCCUACGGUCUGAACAGCACGACCCAGCAGGAUGACAAGUCCUCUCGGCCUCUGCUUCCUCCUCCUCUGUGCUCACAAACUCAGUCUGACAGCUGGGUAUUUAACCGUUUCCAUUGAGCCACUUCCUCCUGUUGUGAUUGGAGACACAGUCACACUGAAGUGCAACUUCCAAACAGAUGGCAACCUCCGAGAGAUUGUGUGGUUUCAGGUGAACACACAGGUGAUUGAAGGAGGCGGUGUCAAGCAGAAAAUUUUCACCUAUGAUGCCAUGUACAACACUAGCUACUCCCACAUGGAAGACAUCCACAGACAUGAUGACCUGGUCUACCAGUCAACUGUGCGGCUUCCUGAGGUCCAGAUGGAGGAUGAUGGCCUGUAUGAGUGCCAUGUCGGGAUCUAUGACAAGAGCUCCAGAGACAAAGUGAUUCUUGCCUCAGGAAGCAUUAUCCUCACUGUCAUAGUACCUCCUAAGUCUAUCUCUGUGGUGGCAGCCAACAGUCCGGCUCCUUUCAGCCGCUAUGAGGCCCAGAACUUCACUCUGGUUUGCAUUGUUACAGGAGCAAAGCCAGCUCCCAUGGUAUACUUCAAGCGGGAUGGUGAGCUUAUUGAUGUAGUGCCAACUGCCCAGUCAUCUUCCACAGUGGGAGACCAAAGCCAGGCGGGGCUCUGGAGCUCCCGGAUUCUCAGCAGUCGAGACCUUGAUGACACCAAACUCCACAAGUCCCUGUCCCUGCUGGAAGAAGAGGGGAAGCUAGCUCGGCUGGGCCAAGACGGGCCCGAGGGCCCUGAACCGGGCCGAGAGCCGGGGUCCAAAUCUGACCCUAAGCCAACCUCUGAGGUGAUACCUGAGACGGUGGUGAGCCGCGAGUUUCCACGUUGGGUCCAGAGCAGUGACCCACUCUACUACUUCCAGCACCGGCAGCAGGCAGCAGGAGACGGCACCAUGGAGGUGAGAGCCAUGCUGACCUGGAGCCUCAACCCCCAGCUGGACAAUGAGGCUCUGUUCAGCUGUGAGGUCAACCACCCAGCUCUGUCUAUGCCCAUGCAGGCUGAGGUCACACUGGCUGCUCCCAGAGGACCCAAGCUGACCAUGAGCCCCGGUAAGGCCAAGGUGGGAGACACAGUGCGGAUCACUGUCCAAGGCUUCCAGCUCGGACCUUCUGCAAGUGAGGUCUUCCCUGAGCCCAUGUUCACCUGGACCAAGGUCGGCGGACGUCUGCUGGAUGGUAGAGAGGAGCAUGACGGCAGGGAGCUUAUUCUAGAGAGAGUUCCUGCUGAACUCAACGGCUCCAUGUUCCGCUGCACAGCCCAGAAUCCUCUGGGCUCCACGGACACCCACACCCGCCUCAUUGUGUUCGAAAACCCAAGACUGAAGAAACAUUUUAUUGCUAUUGAUGCAGCAGUCAGUUGGCACUCCCUCACAUUAUCCUCCAUGAUACUGCUGCUGAGCUUCACCUGCCAGCUGACGUGACCUGUGGCUUUGCUGCACCUCCACACACCACCACCACCACCACCACCUGAGGCCCCUGUCAGAAUGUAAACCUCCACCCAGCUGUUAGCAGCAUCACUCAGCGCUGCUAGAACAUUAAAGCUGCAGCAGGACCCUGAGAGAGAGGACAGAUCCUGGUGCAGCAUCAGACACAGAACAAAGAUCCAGUUGCUGAACAGCAUGUUGUCACUCUGUGAGCAGCUUUGCAGAUAGGUUAUACUCUCACUGAUGAUGAGUAUGUAUGAAGCUCUGAUGUAGUGUGUGAUGCCACCUAGUGAGUACAAGGUUCACACCAGAUCCCAGGCAUAAUGGCACUGGAGAAUGGAGAACGGUCUAGGCCAUAUCAAUACAUCAAUCAGCACAGCCAGAUCUCAUGUUGACACCAGACCAGAUAAAACAUUUUUCAUCACCAGUAUAACCCAUAUAGGACACUGCAAGAUACAAUAUUACAAAAAUAUUUUUAUUUCUCAACUUCACUCUACUUGCUAAAAACAUGGAUGUGUUCAUUCAUAUGUGGAGGUCAGACAGAGCCAUGUGAGUGUCAUGAGGGCUGCUCAGACCAAACAUUGCCAUCAGGUAUUGACUGGUCAGGCUGUUUAUUCUGUGGUGAGGGAGGUUUAAUGUUAUUAAAGUUCUCAGAAAUCAACUAAUUUACAGAAAAACAUCUGAAGCUUUUAUUCCCUUGUGCAGCUGCUCACGUAUAGUGACUGAGUUUGCUCAUCUUCCACACACUCUCAAAGGCUUCAUCAAAAAUUAUUAAUUUAUUUUUUCUAUAUUUGUAUCCCUAUUAUUUAGAAGCUACACAUUCUGAGACAAGAGGACAAAAAACAAUCAUGGGAAAAGUGAUAGUCACAUUAUUUACCUUUAUACUUUUGUGGUGGAAGUGACACACUCACAUACGGUGUCCUCAGACUUGAGGUUGGCAGUUGGAGCCUCUUACUGUAUUUAGACCCAGUGGCUAAAUGCAUGGGCAUGCUACCCGCCCACAGCGACAAUGCUAACAUGCUGUUUAUCGGGUAUAAUUUUCCCGUCACCACACAAGGCUGACUGAUUUGUCAUUAGUUUGCAGCUUCUAAUCAUGAACCAAAGUAUAAAUUAAAAU